GCAUUCCAGAAGCCUCUAGACGUUCUGUUUCUCUCCAAAUAGAACGUCGAAGAAACGCGACGUAUAUAAGCAUUGUGGGUAGAUUUCUUUGCGCAUCCAUCCAUCCAUCCAAGAACAUGGCGAUCAGGGUUCUAGCGAAGAGCUUCCGCCCUUCCUCCUCCCUCGCGUCUCCCCGCGGCGCGAUCUUCCAGCUCCUCCGCACGAACUCCAAUCAAUCAGGAGCAGCGGCAGCGGCGACGCGGGGUGCCACUGGAAAUCCCCCCUUGGAUGGAGGAUCAUCGGGCGUGGAUCUCACCAAGGAUGAUAAUCUCGGUGUCAUAGACAACGCGAGCAUGGGGCGGAGGGGGAGAAUCCGAGCGCCGGUGCCGCAGCUCCACCAGCCAGAAGGAAUUUUCGAUCUUUGGAGCCCGUAUGCGCCGUCGAGGAGCAUGCGCCAGAUGGUGGAGACGAUGAAUCGCAUCCUCGAUCCAGGUUUCUUUCGUGGAUUGGACAAUGGGCUCUACAUCGGGAGGAUGCCGUGGGACAUCGUCGAUGGCAAGGAUGCGUUCCACCUCCGGCUUGACAUGCCGGGAUUCAACAAGGAGGAUGUCAAGGUCCACGUUGAGGACGAGGAGCUGGUGAUCAAGGCCGAGAGGAGCGGCAGUGGCAGCGCUGGCGGCGGCGGUGGCGACGAGCCGGGGAGUGUGUUUGAUAUCCAGAGAUCUGUUAACACGCGCAUGGCUCUUCCGCCGGAGGCUGCCAGGGACAAGAUCAAAGCGGAGCUCAAGAACGGUGUUCUCGCGAUCGUGCUUCCUAAGGAGCAAGUUCCAGAAGAGAAGAAGCGCGUAGCUGUGGACGUAGCUUGAGAGGAGAUAGAGAUCUCACACGUACAUUUGUAAGUCUUUCACACUUUAGCUUCUAUGCAAAGAGUUUUUUUCUUCGCAGA